CUUUUGUGGAAGCUUUUCUUCUCUGUGACUGGGAGUAGUUCUGUUCAGUCAUGCGAAGUAGGUGAGACUGGACAGGCUCAGCUCAGCUUUCUUGCCCUGACAUAGACUGGCAAUAUUUUUCACAACUGGGUGAAGCUAGAAAUCUGAGCAGAUGCCUGUGCCACCACCGCCGCCGCCACCUCCUCCUCCACCACCUCCACCACCACCUUCUGCAGGGCCCCCUCCACCACCACCACCUUUGGGAGGGCCCCCUCCACCACCACCACCACUGGCAAGCUCAGAGGUACCAAAAUUGCGAAAGGACGAGCAGAAAGCACGGAACGCGCUCUUGGCCGAUAUCCAGCAGGGAACUCGCCUAAGGAAAGUGACCCAAAUCAACGACCGCAGUGCGCCACAGAUCGAAAAACCCAAAGGAGCUAACAGAGAUGGAGGUAACCCAGCUGUUGAUAAAGGUGGCUCUCAGCAGCCUCUGGGAGGUUUAUUUGCUGGUGGCUUUCCUGUUCUCAGACCAGCAGGCCAGAGGGACAUGACAGCAGGGAAGCUCUCCGGAGGCCGAGCAGCAUCGCCCAGACCCUCCGCACCGCCGAGCAGCGGCGCCGCCAAGGCGAGCAGCACCCCCUCGCAGCCGGCCGAGGUUCCAAGGGCAGCUGUCCCACCGGAGCCUGCCGGCACCUCCCGAGCCGCAGCGGGAGCGGGUCCCGGGCGGCCCAGCCUGCCCGCGCCCCCUCCGCCGCCCCCCGCUUCCAGCAAGCCUUCCCUCACCUUCCCUCCUCCUCCCCCUGUGCCCCCUCCGGCCGAUCGCCCCGCCAAGGGGGUGACCCCCGGCGCUGCUCCCCCGGCCCCGCUCCCUCCCCCUCAGGCUGACAAACCCGCCAAGCCUCAAGCAGGCGCUCCGCCCCCGCCGCCCCCUCCUCCUCCUCCUCCCCCGCUGCCCCCCGUGCCCCCCUGCGGGCUGCCGGCCAGGGCCGCCGAGGCCUCUGCGGCCGCCGCCGCUCCGGCUGAGGGAAGGGACUGUCCCCCUCCCGCGCCGCCGCCCCCGCCGCCUCCUCCGCCGCCACACGCGCACCCCCCGCCCGCGAACAGGCUCUCCUUUCCUCCCUCCCCGGCCUUCAGCGGUGCCGACGUGCCCCCUCCGCUGCCCCCCAAGUCUCCCCACCUGCUGUCACAGUUCCAUAAGCCGAGCAACAUCCAGUCGCUGCCGCUGCCACCCACCCCCGGCCCUCCUCAGCCCGCAGCCGUGGGGGAGAUCAGGAAGAAGAGACCCGGCCGAGGCGCAGGAACCGGUGCUGGGAAGCUGGUCACACCUCCACAGCCACCUGCAAGAUCCCCAACAACUGAACUUACAAGCAAGUCUGGAGUCUCAACCUGGGCUACAGCUCAUGACCCCUACACACCACUUAAAAAUGGAAAUAUGCACAUCAUUGAUGACUUUGAAUCAAAAUUUACUUUCCAUUCUGUGGAAGAUUUCCCCCCACCUGAUGAAUUCAAACCAUUUCAGAAAACAUAUCCCAGCAAGAUACCCAGAGAUCCCUCUAAAAAUCCUCCAUUAAGAACACACGUGAGAUGAGAAGAGUCUUCUGAUGUUCUCUGGACUAGUAUUAAAAAAGAAGAUCAAGAUAUUAUAUAAGACAGAAGGGGUCCCUGUUGCAGUGAUAGAUUGUACUUGAGUCACAAGUACUGCAAUAUUAACAUUUCCAUAAACUGUAAAACAAUAUAAAUUAUGCCUUUUGAACUGGCCUACAUACUACAGGAAUGUUAGUACAGGCUUUUAAAUUACUGUAUAUAGGUGAAUAUUUUUUAAGCAAAGCUGCAUAAAAUUUAAAUUCUUUGUAGUGUUGAAACAAUUCUCAUUCUUAUUGUGCUGACAGUGUUACCUCAGAAUGUUUUGUGCUACGUGCCUGUAGUUCUUUUUUCCCCUUCCAUCAUAAUUUUUGGAAAUUCUCCAGUUAUUAUUUAGACAUUUUUUUCAAUGAACUGUCAAACUAA